CUUGCGGGCAUGCCUUUAAUUAAUCAAGUCAACAUGCUCCACAUGCUCUGAAAAAGAAACACUUUAACGCAUCGAACUGAAUCUGUGACAAACGUCAAAAAUUCUUCUCUUCCGGUGUUUAGACAACACAUAACACGUAAAAAUGUUUAUGCCAAAGCAGCACCGCGUCUCAAUCUAUGAGUACCUAUUCAAGGAGGGAGUUAUGGUAGCAAUGAAGGACUUCAACGCACCAAAACACCCCGAAUUAGACAAGAUUCCCAAUUUGCAUGUCAUCAAGACAAUGCAAUCGUUACAUUCAAAGGGUUUAGUUACGGAACAGUUCGCAUGGAGACAUUACUACUGGUACUUGACAAACGACGGCAUUGAGUACCUUCGUACAUACUUGCAUUUACCACCAGAAAUCGUCCCAUCCACACUGAAACGGGCUACACGACAAGAAACUGCUCGUCCUCGUCCACAAGCGAUGGCACGUUCGGGUGAUGCCUCCAAAACUGGAGAAGAUCGUUUGGCAUACCGUCGUGUACCUGGCGGUGGUCCAGACAAGAAAGGCGAUGUUGGCGCUGGAGCCGGUGAUGUUGAAUUCCGUGGUGGAUUCGGACGUGGAAAUAGACAAUAGAGGACACAUUUUUUGUCAAACAUUUUUGUCAUGAGGGCUAAAAUAAACAACAACGUGUAGCCACACA